UAUCAGAUGUAAACAUUGGAUAGUAGAUCGCCUUAAAGAUGAGUCAGUGGUUACUAUGGGAAGUUAGUAUUUUGUGAAAGCAAUUGUGUUAAUUAUUCAAGUGUCUGAUUUAACGGUGUCUUAAGUUUCAAUGUGAAUAUGUUGUGAUUAAAAGAUCUAAUUUCGUUGGUUCCCUCGUAGCUUAAGAACACAUUGUAAUCUGGUCAAAAUGAGUGGAAUGGUUGAUAUGAAGGUUGUGGUGCUCGGCCAAAUAUCCUGUGGCAAGACGAGCUUAGUGGAACGAUUUAUCUACAAUCGAUUUAAUGAGAAUUACCAAAGCACAAUUGGUGCUGCUUUUGGGGCCCGUUAUAUGAACAUUGAGGGAAGAAAAAUUUGUUUAGGUUUGUGGGACACAGCAGGAAGUGAAAGAUACGAGGCUAUGAGCCGUAUUUAUUACAGAGACGCAAAAGCAGCAGUGAUUUGUUAUGACAUUACUAAUAUUAAGAGUGUUGAUCGUGCAAAGUUUUGGGUAGGGGAAGUUCAGAAACAUGAAGAGAAUUGCAAACUGUAUUUAUGUGGGACAAAACUAGAUCUGGUGAAGGAGGAUCCUCAGCGGCGUGAAGUAGAUUACCAUGACCUCAAUGACUAUGCAGAAGAGAUAAAUGGGAAACUCUUUGAGACUUCAAGUAAGACUAACACUAAUAUUGAAGAAUUGUUUGCAUAUAUAGUGGAAGAUUAUGCAAAAGACAAUGCAGCUGUUAUUGCUACGUUGGAAAAGGGCACUGUGGAUUUGACUGAUGAAGAGAAGAAAAACAAGUGCUGUUAAGGUUGUAUAUUUGUAUAAGAAAGAGAUUUAGUAUUCUGAAAGUUAGGUCAUUGCCGAUGUGCAGGGGAUGCCUGAGUUGAGCAUUGUCUUUGCAAAAGAUGUCAAAAGACAAUAAAUGAUAAUGGAGUUGUUUAAGUGUAAUUUACAGUUGUUAAUAAAUCACCUUCCCUUGAGAAUUAACUGCCUUACAGUACAAUAUGUACAGUAAUGUAAAUACUGUAUAUAUAUGAAUGCUACAUAAAAGUGAAAUAGGUUAGUGACAAGGCACAUUCACCAUCUGUUCUUUCACAGUGAAGAUAUUGUGUAUAUUUCUUGGUAUCUUUUGUAAGUGUCUUUUUCACAAUGUGAUAUGUAUAGAGGUAGGUCAUUAAGUUUGUUUUGUUUUGAUGUCCAUACUAUCUUUUAUAUUAGUUGUAUACCAUGUUGUGUAUAGUUAACUAUAAGUUUUUAAUACUUUGUUGUAUAUUCAUCAUGUUAUGUAUUUUAGGCUGAUACUAGCUGGCACUCCGGAAAUGUCAUGGCAGUAAGAAGAUAGUAAGGACAUUGAAUGUUGCUUAGGAAGCAUUUUCAGGGAUGUAUUGUUAACAUUUCACAUUAGCCAGUUAUUAUGCCAGUACUCAGUAACGAAGGAUACUAUGUGUCAGUGCAUUGUUAGUCAUAGUGAGUCCCAUUCUAGAUGUUGUAAGAUAUAAAAAGUAUGAGUGUGUUCUCUUUUUGUGGCUUUGAAUUGGGAACCAAAAGUUUUUCCUUGUGAUAAAGCAUUCCUGAGCACAUUUUUUAUAUCAUAGGAAUGUUAAAAAUGUAGAAUGUACACUGUAAAGAAUAGAAAGGCAAGGAGGAUUUUGGUAGAGAUCCACAGCAAACUUAUGAUAGCAAGGUAGAAUAUGCCGUAGUCACAUAAAUUUAAGAAUGAUAGAAUUUGUCAUUUACUGUAGUCCGUUUAGUAAAUUAUUAAUAUGCAUUAUGUUGACACAGUAGGUGAAGUUGCUAUAUUUGCUAAAUAAUUUUUCUCUAAUACAUGUCAUAGUGAAAUUUAUGUAAAACUGAAAUAAUAAAAAGUUUUAUAGUCAUAGUAAUUGGACCUUUGGACUUAGUGUAGCUUAGCUAAAUGGCAUAGUUUCUUUAUACAUCACUGUUGUUGUUGUUAUUAUUAUUAUUAUUAUUAUUAUUAUUAUUAUUAUUAUUAUUAUUAUUAUUAUAACAGCAAUUUAGUUUAAUUAGACCACUGAGCCACAUUUUUAGACUCAUAAGAGUUUUCCCAAAGGAUUGUUCUUGAUUGAGGUGAAAAUGUUGAAGUAGGUGGACAGCUUAGUAGGAAAGUUGAGUGGAGAAAGCAUACUGUUAGUAUUAAAUGUCUUAUUAUGUAUAUGAUUAGUGGAUUAUAUGCUCUUUUGUAUUUUAGUAGCAUAAACCAUAGCUUUACUGUAGAGGUGUAGCUUGGUGACUUUAUCAUCAAAUUCGCUAGUAUCUAUCAGUCAUCUGUUUGGUUGUAGGAGUACAGCUUUUGGAAAUUUAAUAGUUUUUGGUUGGUAAUUUUGCAUUAAUGUUUUAUUAUUUUUUGUUAUUAUGGGUCCAUCAUUACAUACAUGUAUAUGAUUUUCAUUCUAUUCAAUUACAAACCCUUCUGUGGUGUUAUGGUUGGUAACAGGCCAUCUGAAACUGAAAACUGUAAGAUUUAUUGAUGGCAUGAGGGAGCUGUCAUGUUCGAUUAGGCCCAUGCUUUUUCAUUGCUUCCAUAGGACACUUCUGAAGUGUAUCAUAAUGGCUGCAUCUUUUUUGUGAUGAUGAAUUGACCAUCAUGACUCCUCCUCACUUAUAAGAUAUCCUGGAAGCAUUUGUCGGCUUUCAUGUCUUCAUUUGUUUCUAAUUGUUUUCCAGUUACCUGUACCUUUGCCAUCCAUAUAUCACUACUGUGUAUUAUUAUUUUACAGUGAGCUUUCUAAUUAACAGUUUCUUGUUUGGUCAUUAUAUGUAGAGUGAUUCUUCUAUUGUCUAUGUAUUGAUUAAUUUUUGUUGUUGUGAUGUAUGUCUACAUAUACAUUUCUCUCCAUGCAGCAUAUAUCAGUUGUAAGUGCAUUAUUUUGCACUAGUAUUUUCAUUGGUAAAAAUGGUACAUCAGCAUCUUGAUUACUUACUGAUCCUACAUUUUUUAAAGAAACUUAUUUCAGAUGCAGUUCCUCAAUUUUUGCAGUGGAGUGUGUAAAUUUUGAAGAGGAUUUCUUCCUAUGGAAAUCUUUUUACUAUUGAGGACUGUAAAGGCAUUGUUUUGACUCAAGCAAGUAUUUGUCCAGAUACAUAUUGACAAAAACCUUGGAGUGAUGAAGGUUGAGAACACCUCAGAUUGGUGCACCAGCUCAUACUUUUCCUUUUUAUAGAAUCCAUGAAGUUCAUCUUUACUUAGUGGGGAUCUACGCACAAUUUUAGGUCAGAACAAGAACUUGUGAUAUGAAUUACUGGAAUUACAGUAUCCAGCAGGUACUUUGUGAAAAUAUUGGAGAAAUGUAAUUUGUGAAUAGAAUAAUGACACAAAUAGAUGUGCACAUUUAGCUUCUUGGAAAUAGGGUAAUAUAUUUUGCACCAGUAACAGAUUUUCUUAUAUGUAUGUACUUUCAUAGAAUUUUAUACUUUAGUUUCUAACCAAAUCCAUUGUGAAUAUUUUUUUCGUAAUUACUAUCAUACUGUGAUUUUACUCUAGAUUUGAAGAUUUCAUUUCUUUUAGGCAUUUUUUUUUGUGUUCAUAAGAUCAGUAUGGAGUAGUUCUUUAUUUAAUAUUUCAGUGGUCAUUAAUAUGUGCUGCAGCACAGGUUUUGACUUGGAUCUGACCUACAAUAUAAUAUGCUCACUUUUUACCAAGUUUUCUUAUAUUAAAUAAUAUGCAUAUGCGUUGAGGUCAUGUAAAGAUGUAUGUCAGUUUCACUGUUCAGGCAUAGUUGGAGACGUAAGUGACUAGUAUUCUUAAAAUAGGUUGAAGCAAGUGCAAAACAGGUCAAGCAGAGGUUUCAUAUAAAACCCAGAAAAACUUCUUGAGAGGCAGCAUGAAAGUCUACUUUUAGAAAACCUUGCUUUAAUUUUACACAAACCAUUCCAGAAUGUUUGUAAAAUCCUUGGUUUCUUUUAGGUAAUAUUGUCUGAUCAUGAUUUUUCCAGUGCUAAUAAGUAGUUACUAAUGCAAGUUAUGUUGAUAGUACUCUUAAUUUACUACUAUUAUGCACUGAUGAUCUUUGGAGGGUGACACAGAAGGGUGCCAAAAUUUUUUUAUGGAAGUGUCUUCAUUUUGAUCUUUGUUCUUCGCCUUAGUUUAAUUGUCCCAAUGUAGUUUUGCUAAUUUUUAGUAUUUUGUCAUACACAAUUUUGAAUUAUGGUAAUUGAGAUUUCACAAUUUUUAAAAAAUAUAGUUCUAAAUCUUUGUAAGGUAUGAUCAAUAUUUAUGUUUAGUAUUGUUUGCUGAAGUUUUUUCUGUUGAUUUGUAAUUCAUUUAAUUGUCCCAAUAUGCCAUUUGAGAGAUACUUAUGUUAAUGCCUGUGAACGCAAUGUUUGUUGACACUUUGGAAGAUUUGUUUUGCAAAUAAUGAACAGUCUUUAAGUUGAGUAUAUCUUAGUUUUACCAGACCAAUGAGCUGAUUAACAGCUCUCCUUUAAAUGAUUGUAACAUUAUCAGAGUGAUAGAAGAGGUCUCUUGAGGCAACCUUAUGAAGAAAGAAAUUUCAUUUUUGGUCUGCUUAAAUUUGCAGCUAGUGUUUUCAUUCUAUAACUGUUGCACUAAUGAACAGACCACCAAAAAAAGCUUCCCAUCCAAAUCCUAGGUGUCUUCCUUCACUUUUUGUUACAUGUAUGAAUUGAAGCAUCUCAUGUUCAAUACAAAAUUUCAAAGUGACAGAGUUGGUCAUGAAAUGAGAAUUACAUACUACUUUACAGUAGAAAAUAUUGCCCAAACCAAUUGAAUUUUGGAUUUUUGGACAUCUAUGACUUUGUAUUUUGCACUACUGUGGGAGUAAGAGCCCUUGCCGACAAGUUGCUUGCUGAAUCGAAGAAGAAUAUGGCUUUGUAAUUUGAUGGCGUUUUUAAUUAAGUUCAAGGGUAAAUAUGAAAUUAAUGUUACAUUUUAUUCUUCUUGAUAUUGGGAAAAGUUUAAUCCAUAAUACAUCAGCAUUUUAAGAAAACCAUUGACAGUGGAUUAAUACGAUCAUAUUCGGUAUUUGAGGCUUUUGAGGGCUAGUUAGUUGCUUUCAUUUGGUCUUUCUCAAGAAUUAUGAAAAUUUAGAAAGUGGACUUUUACUUCAGGCACCUUUCUAUAACAGCAGUUUCAGGAAUCCAUAUGAAGGUCACUGAAAAGGCAGGAAUCCAUAUGAAGGUCACUGAAAAGGGGUGUAAUGACAGGUAUUCAAAGCUCACUUAUUCCUUUUAUUACAUGAAAAAUAUUAUCACCUUUCUCUGGCAAAGAGUAUCUGACUAUUUUGCUGUUUACCACAAUUAUAUGAAUAACAUCCUUGAGUUGUUGUAUUUUCAAAGCACUUUUGGCUAGAGAGGCUGUUAUUUAGUGUUUUCAUUUUUUCUAAGCCAAAAUUUGCAAGCAAAUUUCUACAUCCAAUGUGUUAAUGUAUCCACACUAGUUUGAUGGUGGUUCAUUGUUUAUAUGUGAUAUUUUACUUCUUGGGCCAAAGGCAUUGUGUAUGAUCUCUUUAACUAUUUAAGAAUUGCAGUGGGAUAGUUUUACAUGAAAAAUAUCCCUUCUAUAUACGUACUAGUAGUCACCUACUAAGUGCUUGGGGAAGAUUUGGUGGUAUGCAUUCAAGUUGCUCACUAACAUGGAGGCCUAAUGUAUCUUGAUACAUUGUCAGCAUUGUAAGUUUUUUACUUGGCAUGUCAUGUCAUCAUAGGACAUCUCCUCUGAUGACCCUGUAGGUGCUAGUGCAUCAGUGCACCUUACAUGGUACCUGCAGGCAUUACUUGAGGUUUUAUGGUGUCCCUUUGGCCAUCCGCUUUUAGCCUUUUACUUUACCUCCAUCACUGCUUCUAUUCUUCUGUCUUCAUUUCCAACAACUCUGUUACUUCUUAGUGCAACUGUGGUGUUUUGUGCCAAUUCCACCUUAAAAUUUUUGUACUUCAUUUUCUUAUUUUUAAGUUCUCUUUAUCUUGCUUUCCAACAAUCCCAGCUCCCUCCUUUCACUGUUUUAACCCCUUCAGCACUGGGACGUACACAUGUACGUCUUUUAUGGUACAGUAAUAAAAGACCGGGACGUACGCGUGUACGUCUUUCAUCCCUCCUCGAAAAGCAAAGCGUUUUCUUCAGCUUGGAUGGUUUCCAGACACAGUAUUGUGUACGAGAGAGGUGCUGAAGCUCCACCCACAAUUCAUUCCAACCAAUGAGCGUCCGAUGGACGUCGUGACGUCAUUUUCAUAUGGGAUAUUAGGAGGGGUACUGGCCAACAUAUCCCAGUGCGCCUCAGGCCAUUAUCUGAGAAGGAUGAUUACGAUUUUGUCCGUAAACCAUAUAGAUUUGAAUUCUAAACCUUUUUCUCUUUUGAUUGCAGUUAUUUUAUAUGUUUUUUUUUUUUCAGUAUCAUGUCAGAUGAUAGUGUUUCCGAGUCAGGGUCUGAGUACCUGCCAAAUCUAUCAGAUGAUGAUUAUAGUAAUAAUUUCAUAGAGGUUGACAGUGACAACGAGUGUUUGGAAGACAUUGAACCUCUUGUCGAUGAAGGCUGGCGGUUCAUAACUGAUCCAUCUUGUGACUUGCGCCCAGACCCAGCCCCCUCUGAUUCAAGGAGGGUGGCAAUGGGAUUCCUGCUUACACCAGAUUUCACCUGCUUACGUGAUUCAUUUUUUUUUCCUUUUUUGUGAUUAUGUAAUUGACAAAUUGUGUGAAUGGAUGAAUGCUCGGGCAGAGUAGUACUUUCAUUCAACAGGAAAGCGUAAGGUGAAAGGACUUCUAUGGAGGCCUGUUACUCGUGACGAGAUGGGUUUUUUACAGCUUGCUUAUGAUGAUGGGGAUGAAAAAACUGCCCCAUAUGUAUAUAAGUAUUGGUCACGAGAUGCUGUUUCUUUUAUUAUUAUUAUUAUUAUUAUUAUUAUUAUUAUUAUUAUUAUUAUUAUUAUUACCAGUGCCGUAAACAUUCAUUGAUGUAUACGCUGUUUCUGUAUGAAACCUAGGAAUAACUAUUUCAGUAUGAAAACUAGUACGUACUGCUAUUACCACUACUACUAUUUUACUACUACUUUACUACUUUUUCUGCUACUUUAUUUCUAUUACUUUACUAUUAUUUCUACUACUUUAUAACAGUUCCUACUUCUGCAAUUACUUUUUCCACUAAGUAUUCCUAUUUUUUCCAAUAUUCUUACUAUAUUUUAUGUAAUUUUUGAUAAUGGGGUAAAAAAUAUUCAUUGAUAUCCGUACACACAAUGUUUUCACAUAAGAAUAUAAAGGAAAAAUAUGAAUAAAAUAAAAUUUAGUGGGAGCAAGUAAUGAUUGAUACUCGCGGUCGACAGGGGGUCUCAUGCGGUAUGCAAGCAUUUGCAGCAAUAAAGCAGGCCGGUGGCGAAGGGGUUAAGCACUGAAUGGUGGAAAGUGUCCCAGUGCUUGGCUGGAUAGCCUAAAUUUCAUAAAUCAGUCAAUCAGUUACAAAAAAUUUCUCUGUCACCUUGUCUUUUUACCUAAGUGGUGGUUCCUUCAUCUGAUACUUAGGAGCCAUUGUUCACUCCCCAUAUUUUGUGAUGAAGGGAAUAGUUGUCAUGUUUCUGUAGAAUAUACUAGAAAUAUGCAUCAUUAUUUUGAAUAGCUAGAGGACCUCAGUCAUGGAGGUGAAACCAUUUAUCAUAUGCAGUAUUUUCUCUCUCUCUCUCAUGUUUAGAAAAGUCAAAGGCCAGGGAGAAAGGUACUUGUUACCAUACUCUUCAGUCUUGUCUAGUGUAAUAUGCAUUCCUAUCUACAAGACAUUCUCAACACCAUUUAAUAGUGUAGGAAUAACACUCACUUCGAUUCUGGUGAACACUGUGAAUAACUGAUUCAAGUUUAAUUAAUGGGCUUUGGGACUGAUAUAAUGUGUAUUGCCCUGUAAAUUUCAAUCUCCAAUUUUUCAUUGAUGCUAUGAUGUGAACUGUGUGUGAACUGUAUUUAUUGUGCAUACAUUGUGUUUUACCUUAUAUUUUUCCUUGUCUGUACUGUGCUCUGCUUUUUGGAGGUUUAUUAAAGGUUAGCCAGUGAGUGACAGAGACAAGGGUUCAGGUCAUUGCACUUAAGCAAAACAUCUUGGAGAAUGAACAUAAAUAAGUAUGAACAGCACCCAAGCACUUGCUCUCUUCACAUGCUACCUAGGAGAAGUACAGGACAAUGGGUAGCAGAUGACUGAACAAAUAGACCUUUAGAGUGUAGAAUGUUUAGGCCACGGAUAUAAGAGUGAUUGGUAUUCUUUUGUGAAAUUUACAGGAAUUUAUACUGGUCAGCUAGUUGGUCAAUACUUGGUGAUAUCUGAACUCUUAGAACUAGAUCUUUGGCUUGUUUUUUUUGUUUUUGUUUAUGAUUGUUUGGUAUUGUACUGGAUCUUUGGGAGAAUUUUUACUAGGUAAUUAGCAAUUAAGGUCAGUGUGUGAUACAUAGCCAAUUUAAAAGAUUAUUAACACUGGCAUAAGUAAUCAAAGGCUUUGCCAAUAUAAUUCAAGUUCAGCCUCUAUUCAUUGUUUAUUCAGAAGAUGCACAUCAAAAGGAAAAAUAGAAUGGUAUAUUUGACAAGGUUGAUUAUAUGACUAGGAUAUAUAUGAGUUUUAACUUUUAACAAUGUUCCUAGUUAUUUCUAAUGUAGAGCAACUCAGGAUGUGAGUCUAUAUACGUACGUAUAUGUGAUAUUAGUUGAGAUUUUAAUAGAUAUUCAAUGAGAAUGAUUUCUGCAUUUGUUGUUUAGAGAUUAUACAAUACUUAGUCAGCAUUCUUUGAAAUUCAUUGAGAAGUCUGAUUAGUAUGAAAAAGGACCUUUUCCCACACUUUUUGAUUUUGAUAAGUCGUGCUUGUCUCAAAUUCUUUCAGCUCCUAACAUACAAGUUGAAAAGACAUUCAGUUCCUGACAUACAAGUUGAAAAGACAUUCAGCUCCUAACAUACAAGUAGAAAAGACAUUCAGCUCUUAACAUACAAGUUGAAAAGACAUUCAGCUCCUAACAUACAAGUUGAAAAGACAUUCAGCUCCUAACAUACAAGUUGAAAAGACAUUCAGCUCCUAACAUACAAGUUGAAAAGACAUUCAGCUCCUAACAUACAAGUUGACAUUCAGUUUCAAGUAGUUAUGUUAGUUGAGGUUAGGUUAAUGCAGUUGUGGCUGAAAUUGUGUGAAUUAAUCUGGUUUUUUGGAAUAUGAUGAAAAAUAUUUUGUUAGAUUAAUUUUAAGAAAAUGAGCCUUGUUAGUAACGUACAGAUUUGAAUGGUAAUUUCAGUACAUUUAUUAGUACAGUAUAUAAGUCUUCAUGAUACACAAAUUAAUUCUUAGUUGCAAUGAUUUUAUUCAGACUAUGCCUUUCCAUUUCAUGUGGCACAGAGCCUUCCUUGAUUUUUUGUCUCAGAUUAUAUGAAAGGAUUUUAAAAUCCUAGCAUUUUGGACAAGGGUUAAUUUUAUUAUUAUUAACUGCACAUAGAAAUGCAAAUGACUUAUUGUAUGAAUAUGAAAAUGAAAUCUAGUUGGUAAAUGUUUACUGAAAUUUUCUUGUAAAUAUAAUAAAUGCUUUCAUAAUUUUAUGCUUGAUGUUUAGAGCUGCCAUUGAGGUUUGGUUGGUAAGACUACAUGGCAUUGGUUUCUUGAUGUUUAGAAAUGAAUGAAACUUCAAAUAAUUUUAUAUUAUGAAUUAUUUCCCAUUCCUGUUUGAUGUAUUAAGUCUCUAAUACUGCACGGUUGCUCCAGCAAAAUUAAAAUGAUACAAGUGUACAGUGUCAGAUUUUCUCUCUUGAAUUAUUUUUUUCAUUUAGUGAUUUAAACUGAAUGCAAUGUAUUAAUUUAGAUAUGAGUAUGCAGCCAAGUUCUUGUCUUGAAAUUUAUUGUAUAUUGAUGAAGAAUAUGGGACAAGGCAUUUAAGGCAUUUGAUUGAAAUUUGUAUCUUCAUUUUUCAGUAAAAAAUCAACAUUUUCACAAAUAAAAUUUUAUCACUUGAAUUGUCAUGGAAGAAUGCAAAAACAUCUAUUCAGAUCCCAUAAAGCUUCAACUCUGAUCUGUAUUAAUGGUCACAAGUCAAGUAAGAAUAGCAUGAAUGAUAUAUUUCAUAUUCAUGCAGACUGAGAAUUUGUGAGGUACCGUAUACGUACAUUAUAUCCAAAGAUUUCAAUUUCAAAUUUUAGUGGGUAAUAAUCACAUCAGAUGAGAUAACCAAUUUGAUUUGAGAAAUGCAUACUUUUUGGUUUUAUCAGUUUCUGCACUAGUUUUGAUUAUAUGUGAAAUAAAACUGAGAAUUAAAUAUAUUUAAGGUUGAAUGUACAGGUACAGAUUUCUUUAAUUGACCUUCCAUUCUAGAUUACUUAUUUUAGCCCUACUUAGAUGAUAAGGUUGUUUUUUUACAUUAUGUUGCCUUGUGAUUUUCUGGAAAUUAUGUUGUACUACAGGUGUAUACUACUUUGAAGAUUUUAUUAUUACUUGAAAUUAUUAAUCAAUUUAGUUUAGUAAUUUUGUAUAUUAUCUUAAUUGAUGUUAGUUUAUAGUUGUAUAUUUUAUAAAAGUAUGACAUAGAUUUAUAAAACAGAACUUUAUUUAAUGUCAACACAAACCUCACAUAAAGUACACCAGUAUAAAAAUGUGUGACAAUAUGCUACAAAGCCUUUUUAAAAACUGCACAAAAUAGUUGAUAGUGUGAUGUAGUUUUUACCACAUUUAUUGAAUCACUUCACUUGCCAUUUUUCAGGAGACAGGUUAUGAUCACUUAAGUGUCAGAUUCAGUAGCUGUGUGCUUUGUUUUGCAUGAUAUACAUUUUCAGGUUUCAUUUAAGAACAUGUUCUUUGGGUGAACCAAAGAAAGUCUCAAAAUAUGACACUUUGGUGUCUUGAAACUGCUUUAUGAUGUGUAAAGGUGUGACAGGUUUUCCAAAUCCCUCGCAAUGCUUCUCUUAUGUUUUAUGAUUGGUGCUUUUCAGUUGUGAAUUUAUUGCUAUUUUGACUUUAACUUUUAUUUUUAAGUAAUAAAUAUGUAAGAAUGAGGCAAAAUUUGUCAUUGGUGACCAUAUGCACUUUAUAGUGGUCUGAAAAUUGAUGUUAAUGGUAAAGUUUGGCAGAUCAUCUAAGAAACUGCAUUUAUGUUAGUUUAAUCCUUAGAACUAGCUCUAUUAGGCUUAGAGGCAUUCUUACAAGUAUGGCAUGUUGUAAAGUAUACAGAGGCCUUGGUGUUUUUUCUUUAAGAUAAGUGUACUGAGGAUCUAUAGUCAUUUAUGGUAGUCAUGUUUGCUUGGAUUCCUCUCAAUGUGUAGAAACCUAUAGCCUUUUAGCUAAAAGACAUGGUAGGGAAUGAGAUCUUUUCAGGCUGAGAAGUUUUGCUCAUUAAGGUUGACUCACAAUAAGCCUUCUUGUGAUUGAGCAGAUGACUGAUAGGAUAAUUUGUGUCCUUAAAAUGUGCUGAAUUUGUGAUAUUGCUAACUAUGGUAAGAUUCAUUAGCACAAGCAUGCGAUUUGUAUAUUCCAAAUCUUGUUCUACAGUAGGAGUGACAGUUGCUUGGUGUUUUUUGACACUGCUGUUUCAGUGUAUGUUGAUGGCUGGGAACAGUAAAAUUACUCAUGAUAUCUCAUCUUCUGCUACUGCAAUUUGUAGAAGUGCUAUCCCACUUAACGCUUUGAAAAAUAUAAGUCUCUCGUACUCCGUUUUUGGGUGAGAUCCACUUUGACGGUUCCUUCAUUCAAGCAUUCUUCUUCAUUAUCAUUGACUGAUCUUACAUUGAAUGCUGUAAUUAUUUUGGGUUUGAUCCCUAAGGAGAAAAUGAGUAGUUUUAUUAAGCAAAAGUGUUCACAUUAUUGGCAGGGGCUCUUUCCUAAAAGACAUUGCAUAGGCUUCAGUUUUAUAUAAUAUAAUAACAAGACUGAAAGUAGUGAAUUAAGGGUUAAACGUUAUUGAAGAAGGCAAGUAGUUGCUUACCACUCAGAGUUUCGCUUUAUGGUAUGGAUCAGUGUUCUUUGAUAACAUUUAAUCCUGGUUGCUAAAGUUCAUAAUGACUUAGCUCCCCAUUAUGUGAUAAGACGACUUGUGCAUUUGUGGUUGGAAAAGUUUUGUUUUUCAGUUACUGAAGGCUCGAAUAUGGUGGUUCUAUUAGUCUUCCCCUUUAAAAGCAAAGACUUAACCCCACACAUAUACUUCUUCAUUUAGUUUUGUGUCAAUAAAAGAUGAGUUUUGUGACCAUUCCAUGAUCUGUUAACAUUGUUACCAUGCUUAAACAAGGCAUUCUUUGAGUAAGUUUUGGUGGGCUCAGUUUGAAGAGCUUUCAGGAUUGGUAAUUAAUUCUGAGCUUCUUGUUAUACUUUGUUCCAACUCAGUUUUGUAAAUGUGCACAUUAUUCUUAUAUGUUUUAGGUAAUUUUUCGUCAUAAAGAACUAAAUGCUUUGAACUUACUAUAGUUAUUGUUUUUAGUGAAAUGACCGUCAGAAAAUUUUACACAUAUCAUUCAUUGUGAUUUAUUGAUAGCUAAAUAAAAUUUGAUGAGCUGGGCAGUAUCCUCCUCCAUAACAGAAGCCAGGCCUUCUUUAUCAAAAAUAUGGAAGUCAACAUUUCCUAUAUUUUUUAAUCUUGCACCAAAAUCAAUCGGUUUACAUUUACUGUAAGCUCACCACCAAUUCUGUCUUCAUUUUUGUCUGUAUUUUGAUUUCUGUGAAGCAUAAUGACAGCAUAUUUAACCUUCAGAAACCCUUUAUGCCCUCCUUAUGAUAGUUAAUGUGUCAGUUAAGUUAGUCUGAUUAAACUGUUCAGUAAAAAUAACAGUAAUUUGAAGGCUAUUGAUUUUUUUUUUACCGUUGUGGUAAUGAGAAUGUUUAUACAGUUUGGGGGGAGAGACCUGCAGAAUCUACUGUUGUCACAAAUUUUUAUUAUAAUUGUGACAAAACUGUGUGGUUAACUUUUCGAAGUUUCAUUGUAGCCUUUGUGGUUUGAGGUUUACACAAACAUAUCAUCAGUGGGAUAUAGUUUGGACUGGUUAAUCAUUUGGCAUAACUACUGCAUUUGACUUGUUCUUAAGCUAGAUGGCAUUUUGUUAUUAAGUGUAACUGGAUUUUUUUUUAUUAUUUUUCAAGGUUUAUAAAGAUGUUUUCAUAGACCAUAUGUUUUUAAGCUUACAAGGGCUUGUUUAAAUAUUCAUUCUUUAUGGUUCACAUUCCUGCAUCAACAAGAUUCCCAUUAGGUGAUCUAUGAAGAUAAGUAAUUACCACAAAGAUUUUGUGCUUACGACAUUAAUUAUUUGCAAAUUGUUAGAGUUAUGACAGUUUUCAACACAGUUGGAUAGUCUCAAAACUUGUGCUGUGAAACCCUUUGGGGAAUGGAAAGAAAUAAGGUUUGUGUUUUCAUUUUUGGCGUUCUUUCCUCUCCUUUUUUAGAAUAUUUUUUAUAGACACAUCAAUGAACUUGUGACAUACUUGAAAAAAUAAUUCUGAAACACCUUUGUAUUAAACUUGCAUUGUCUUAAUUACAAUUCUGUUUCCCCUUUGUUAAUUUUUUCCCCCUUUCAUUUUGAUGUUGUAUGAUAGUUCAAUUUUGCUGCUUUAUGUUCAUGAAUAAAAUAAGAAGUUGAAUUUGAACAGUUAGUAAGAAAAUUCUUUUAAUGGCAUAGGUCAUGCAUAUCUACAUUUUGUUUGCAGAUAUAAAGUAUCAUGCACCUUGCUUGCAGAUGUAAAAGUGUCAUGCAUGUUGUUUGUGUAUGUUAAAUACUACUAUUUUAUUGUCAAGUCUAGAGUACUGUAUGUAGUAGGCAGGCAAGGUUAUAUAUUUACUAGAAGCAUCGUUUUGUAAGUCAUGACAUUCUAAAUCUGAUAUUAUUAAGUACACUGUAUCCAGUUUUCAUUGUUAUUUUUUUUUUAUUUUUGCAAAAUUUUAUUAGGUAAGUGUUGAAAAGGAACAUUACAGUCAUGUAUUACUUGGUGUGCAAAACAGUAUAAUAUUGGUUAUAGAUACACAUAGUCAGCGAGUUAUUAUUUGUAUUUAACUGCAAAUUACUAAUGAAGCACAAUUUUGCUUUUGCAUUUGUUUGUUGGUUGGUAAUUUUAUAUGUUGUAUUUACAUAAUAGAACUUUUGUAAUAGUUUUAUUCACCUUGUAAUAUUUUUAUGUAAAUUAUCUAUGCUUAAUAUUGUAAAGGGUGAAAAAAUUAGUAAAAGGAAUUUAUAUGUUUGCUA